GGUUCAACAAUAUUUUACCAAUCAGCCUGACCAUAUAGCGGCGAAAAAACGUUUUCUAAUCGUUUGUUUAUAGUUUAUCUCUAUUUCUUUACCUCUACACAAAUAAAAAUGGCUCGAAACUCAGAAAAGGCAAUGACCACUCUGAACCGAUGGAGGUUAUAUCAGGAAGAGUUGCUUAAGGGAAAGCCAAAGAAAAGACCUCAUUUAGCCUCUGAAUGUACUAAUGUUAAAGUUUGUAUGAAAUGGAGAAGAGAGGUCAUUGGAGAAAUUUCUAAGAAGGUAGCUCAGAUUCAAAAUGCUGGUCUCGGAGAGUUUAAAUUACGUGACUUGAAUGAUGAAAUUAACAAACUCUUAAGAGAAAAACGACACUGGGAAAUUCAGAUUAAUGAAUUAGGAGGACCAAAUUUUUUGAGAUUGGGCCCAAAAAUGUUAGAUCACGAAGGAAAAGAAGUACCGGGGAAUAGAGGAUAUAAAUAUUUUGGAGCAGCAAAAGAUCUACCUGGUGUCAGAGAGCUAUUUGAGCAAGGUCCGCCUGAAACAUCUCGAAAAACAAGAGCAGAGCUUAUGCGUAACGUUGACGCUGAUUAUUAUGGAUAUAGAGAUGAAGAUGACGGAAUUCUGGUCCCGUUGGAAGCGGAGUAUGAAAAGGAAGCAAUACGAAACCUCGUUCAAACACAAAAAUCUUCUCAAAAGAAGCCAAAUAAUUAUACUUUAAUUGGAUUAAAAGAUCCUAAUGUCAAGGAUGAUAUAAAACUGUCAGAACCUGAGGAAAAAGUAGUAGCUGAUACAAGUUCAGUAAUGAUAUCUCAUGUUGAAGUUCCAACACAAAAAGAUAUUGAGAAAGCGUUAAUAUUAAGAAAAAAGAGAGAGCUUUUAGAUAGAUAUGUUAGUGAUGAUUUAAAAACUGAAGGAGAAGAAAUAAAAAAGAUGUUAGCCCUUUAA